AUGGAAUCGUUUUGUACGUUUUUGGACGACAGGCCCCAGUCGCCUCCAGAAACACUCAAUGCCGGCGACUUUUGGAUUUUUGGACUUGGUGUUCGCGUGCAGUUGCAAAAGGAGCCCAAUUUGGCUGCUCCUCGUCAAAAUCUAGCGUGGGCAGCCAUGGCCGUCCUAAAAUUGCCGAUAUACCCUGUGGAAUCAUCGUGUCUAAUGGUCAAUCCUCGGGAUAGUCGAAACCGGACGGAGUACCACGCGUUCAAGAACGUCGCCAAAUCGCACAUAUUCGGCCACACAACCUUGUUGUGGAAGCCGAGAUUGGCCGCCUCCAGUUUUGGAUACUCACCCACGCAUACAGCGGACGCUACAGGCCUUAUUGUCACUCACAGUGGCAAUCAGGAGCAUGUCGAACUAACGGCUGAAACUGGACAAACGCCAAAAGCUACCGUUGCCGAUUUGGGACGGCAUGAGCCUGCUUAUGGCCAAAUUUAUCCGUCAGAGCCGAAGCCCGCACGUCGCUACGAGUCUACAACGCGGACCGAUCAACCCUACCUACACGGAGCGCUCGCGCCUCAACGCAUCUCCUCAAUUGUCUUACGGCACGACCCAGACCUACGCAUGGGAACUACAUCAUAG